AUGGUGCUGGUGCCGGUGCUGUUGGGGCGCUUGUCACAAUGCGGUCCAAUCAAUGGAACGACGUCCGAGAUUGUGCACAUGGGCACACAUGCACAUGUCCCAGCGUUGAGUAGUGCAACCAAUCAGCGCACUGAUACCCAAUCCCAUUCGGUGCCUAUUGGUGAAAACAAUUCCGGUUGUGUGACAACCACAUGUACAGCCUUGAACUCACGCUACUCACGUGACACAAAUUUGUCCAGUACUUUGAUCACCCCAUCCCGUUCGUUCUCCGCCAAUUGUUACGCACCGUAUCUGACCCCGGAUUAUCAUGACCCGUCAGCACAUUUGGUGGUGGAUCACGGAUUUGUUUACAAAUCGAAUCGUCCCGAUGAGGACGGUCCAAUCUCCGAGCUGUUAUCUUUUCCUAAUCGGGAUAGUACACCUCCGUACACGUCAAACUCCACCCGAUCCACAACUCAGUCCGGACCGUCGACACUGGCUGAUCAGUAUGGACAAUUUCACACGGUUGGGAAUCCGUUUCAAACCUUGGUGAAUCAAUUGGUCGCAACUCGGGAUGGACACAAUUAUGGCUUAUCCCCAGUGCAUUUGGGAACAGAUGUGAAAGAAGCACACCGGAUUGGUAGUUUCCCGGGAAUCGAAUAUGAUCCCGUAGAGACUCAGAGAAAGACAAUCUAUACGGAUUCCGUCAAUUUUGUCCCCGAUAGUGUUUCAAUCCCGUACGAUUUCGAUCAGUCUGUUGGACCAGAAAGUACCAAUUUAGUCUACGGUCGCCGUGAUGAACUAUCGACUUGGAACAAAAUACAGUCAGAAGAAUGUCAUCCCGUUUCGGGGGAACUGACAAUCAAAGGAUCUCAACAAAACCCAAUCGAAACACGACUGUACCCGGAUUCUCCUAAUUUAUCGUCUAACAUGUAUUCCCGUGCCGAAACCGUAGGUGUCAUCCACAGUACCCCGAUCAAUGCGUUUCUGAUUAACGCCUCGACCGUGGCCACUAGUAACACCACAAACAGCAUCGGCACGUCAGUAUCGACAAAAGCAACCACAUUAACAACAACAACCGAAACAAUACUAACUGGAACUGAUUGUCGGGGUAACAAGAUGUCCGGUUAUCUGGAAAAAUCACGAUCCCUGUUAGACAGUUCAUCCACCUCGUCCGCCGCUUCCCGUGGUUCCAGUGCUCUAGGGGAAUCAUUGACCAGAUCAAGUGACUCUUCGUCCGGACCGAUCGGGGAUGCGAUACCCGGUCGCUUUCUACUCAAUUCCACAUUCACAAUGACACCGGAUAAUAGUACCGUGGAUUCCAAUCCGACCGCAUUGCACGGGCUGACCAGCGCAAACCGGACGGAACUGCGUGAUUCGCAACCGGACUCUGCGGAUUUUCCCAGCUCCGUCGGGAACACGACGAAUAACAAUGGGACGUAUCUGAAUUCGACCGAAUCCGGUCCCUCGGUUCUACACGAGUCGAAUUCCACAACGGAAUGUGUAAAUGUAUACCAGAAGACGACCGGGCCCCGGCAAACAAGCACGACUAAACGUGGUCGUACUCAAUCCAUGCUCACCAGUCCGACCAUGCAGCAGAGAACGAGAACCGAUAUGCUUCUGACCGAUCGUCCGUCCGGUCGAAAGCGUGGACGUGUGCAACGCGGACCCGGGCAUCUGAUCUCGUUCGCAGAGAAUGGUCUACUACACAGUGUGGAUUCCGAUCAAAUGGACACGCAGUCCGGGAAAUCGUACAGUGAGAAACGAUCGAACACAACGCAAUCGAUCAGUCCCAGUGAUGAUGACUCAGACAGUCUGGGUGACAGUGAUUCGGAUCCGGACGGGGAACAAAAUAAAGUGAGUUUUCGGGGCAGAUUCCUUUUCGUUUUUUGGUUUUUAUUUGAUGCUGUUUACAAUAUUCUUACCAGUAAACAUAUUAGGAUAUAG